AUGCCAGAUGAGCCAGUUGUUCCUGCACCUGAUCAUAUUCCUACUCCACCACAUUCUCCAGUUCACUUACCUGCUGAGGAGCCUAUUCUGGCCCCUGUUUCAGAGGGAUCUACUGACCGUAUCCGACUCAUGCGCUUCGCACCUAUCAUACCACCCACAGAUCAUACCAACGAGGUAGGACCAUCCGGACAUGCCCACAUACCACCCAGUGAUAUGGACCCAUACUAUCAGCAGUUUCGCUCAGUCCCACAGGUCCCUGUUGAGCCUCUUAUUACACCAAAAUCUCCACCCCAUGUUAUGCCCAUGACAGAUCCAUACCAUCCAUCGCAUUUCCCAGCUGUUACUACCAACGAUCUUCUACUGUCUCUACAACUUCAGGUCGACAUACUUUUUCGCAGAGUUCAUGAGCUUCAGCAGCUUGCUGACGUCAGACCUCCACCACCAUCAGUUCAUUCACCACCACAUGCUCCACCACCAUCACCUGGUUUACCCACCAUUGUCUUACGUGCUCGUGUACUGACGCUCGAGCAGCAGAUAGACUUCCUUAUCCGUCGAGUACAGGAACUCAAGGAGGAGGUUGCACACCUUCACAGUUUGGUACUUCUGACUCCACCACUUAUCCCCCCUCCACCAUAG